AUGGCUCUCAAACGAAUCAACAAGGAAUUGAUCGAUCUCGGACGUGAUCCCCCUUCCUCAUGUUCUGCCGGUCCUAUCAACGACAACCUCUUCCAAUGGCAAGCCACCAUCAUGGGACCUGCCGAUUCACCUUACGCCGGCGGUGUAUUCUUCCUUUCACUUACUUUCCCUACCGACUACCCUUUCAAACCCCCCAAGGUCCAAUUCACCACCAAGAUCUACCACCCUAAUAUCAACGCUAACGGUUCAAUCUGUUUGGAUAUCUUGAGAGAUCAAUGGAGUCCUGCAUUGACCAUUUCGAAGGUUCUCCUCUCGAUCUGUUCAAUGUUAACAGACCCCAACCCUGAUGAUCCAUUGGUACCGGAGAUCGCUAACACCUACAAGACUGAUCGACCUCGAUAUGAAGCUACAGCAAGGGAAUGGACUAGAAAGUGA